AUGUUGUGGUUGAAGUUGUUGGGAGUAUUAUUAGCAUUACAGACAGUUUAUGGAUCAUCUCAUCAUCCAAUAACUAUUGAAUCUGAGUUGUUCAUUGGCAACAAGGAAUCAGCACUAAACCCAUUUGUAUACUCAUAUGUGUACAGGGGCAAUUCGAAUCAUUCAGUAGUGACAUCAAGAUCAGAUGGUGUAUUCUUUGUAGUGUCGAUUGUGAACUUGGAGAUUGAGUACACCCUGAACUUGGACCCAAGCACAUACAGCAAAGGAUAUGGAUACUUUGAUUCUAAAGGUGGAUACUUCUAUCUAUGUCUAAAUGACAAGAAUGAUGUUGUGGUCAAUCAAUAUAGACCAGUCAGUGCCGGUUUACAAUUCAUCAGGAACAUCAAGAUAUAUGAUUCAAACAUCAACUUUAAUGACAACUCAAUCUACGUUGACAACAUCCGUGAUAUCGUCACCUUAGUGUUGGCAAAGAGUGUCAUCCAAUUCGAAUCCAAGGAAAUGGUUAUUGUCAAUCAUAUUCAAUUGGAUAAGACAUCUUGCCGAUCUGCAGAGACAGCAACAUUCAAUGAUGUAUAUCUAUACAUUGGAUGUCUUGGACUCAACAGCCCAUCAUUCAUCAAGCUUAGUCUCUAUCCUUUGACAGUUGAAGCAGAUGUACCAAUGACAAUUGGAUUGUACCCUAGAUGUAUGGUCAAUAUGAUUGAUGCUGAUGGUAUAUUGGCAGCAGUCGUACCAUUUGAUUUGGAUAAGGAUCCAGUUGUAAUGGUAUUGUUACAUAGUGGUAACUUGUCAACUGCAGCCACAUAUCAAUUGCCUUUCAGAAGUCAACAUCCAUCAAUUGCAAUAGGUAACCUUGAACAUAAUGCUUUCUAUACAUUCGGUAACAUAAUCUACCAUGUAUGUGUCAAGGACCAAGUGAUCAACAUUGACCUGGACAACAAUGCAACGAUCAAUGGUUUUGCAACAAGUGGCUACUUUGACAUCAAGUCACAACGUGCUUUGUUUGUCUCAUCGGAUGGAUCACUUUACAAACUACAGAUACCAGGUGUCAAGCCAGCCUCAGUUCAUCCAAAGAGACAUGGUGUCAAUGAGCCAUGGACCUGGUGGAAGGUCACUUUGAUGGUUCUUGGUCUAAUGGUCGGUACUUCACUAAUUGUCGUACUUGUCAAAGUGAUCGAGUCUGUCAAAUUCAGGCGUACUCAUGCAGUAGAGGACAACAACCACAACUACCAUAACUAUAUACUUUAA